ACCAAAAAUAAAGCAGCUGGGAGGCGUUGUGCCUCACUGCAGAAGCCCCGGCUGUUUAAUGAAGCGUGACAUUUGCGUCUAACCGUGUUUUUAAUUUCACUCUGCAGGAUGUCUUUCGCCUCCUCUUUUGCUACGCAGAUGGCCGCCAUCAUGGAUGUUUUAACGAAGGCUGCGGUCGCAGAAAUAACGAAGCUGGUGGAGGACGGAAGUGUGGUCCUGUGCCUGGAGAUUUGUCAGAAAGACAGUGAGAUCCAGGAGCUCAAAAGAAGUUUGAAGCUGAUGGAAGUUGAACUCUGCAACGCUCAGGAAGCAGCAGCCACGUGCCGAGCUGCGGAGGACAAUCAGGAGCAAACAGCAGCCGGGAAUCAGGUCCUCCGAGGCGAUAAAAAGCACGAUCAGAAAACAUGUGCCGUGUAUCUGGAACCAAAGUCUGCUCUCUCCCUGUGCGAGCCUGGACCUGGAACAGAGGAGAGCCACGACACGAGGCCAGCGGUGAAACACGAGGCCGCGGAUGAACUCUCCACCCAGGGAACAACAGACAACACGAUAACGGCGGGCAUUUGCUUCGAGGCGGCAGAGCGAGAUGACCCGAUCUGGCCUCCUCCUGCCUGCGGCAUGUUUGAGGAAAGCUCUCUUGCAAUGCAGCCGCACAUACAGAUCCUCCCCCCUCAGGCUGAGCAAUACGCUGCUCAUAGAAACACAGAAAGAUCCAGUAACUCUUCAUCAACGGCAGCAGAGGAAAUCGCAGACGCUUCCUCAAGUGUGCCGAUAAAAGUAGAGGUAGAGAUUCGACCUACGUGCAUGGGAAGCACCACUUUAGAGUCGGUUUGUAAUGAACGGAUCAGACAUGCUUCACACCCUGCAGUCAGUCAGGACCAGCAGGGCUUGCAGUCUGCUUUGCAACAGGCCGGGCCAUCACUGGCCCCGCCUAACGCACAGACGUCAGCGGCGAAGACAUUAGGACUAAACACAGAAAAUCCCAUCCUCAGUAGAAACAACCUGAGAGCAAAAAUGCUGCUGAAUGUUUGGAAAACAAAUCAGAAACCGUUCAUCUGCUUGGUCUGCAACAGGGGUUUCCCUCGCAUGUGUCAGCUGGAAGAGCACAAGGCCAGCCACCAGUUCUACAAACCUUUCUGGUGCCUCGAAUGCGGGAAAUCCUUCACCCAGAAGACGCGGCUGAAGACGCACCAAAGCGUGCACACGGGGGAGAGGCCGUUUAGCUGCAAAAUCUGCGGCAAGAUGUUUUCGAGGCAGGACAACUGCACGAGACACGAGCGGUUCCACAGCGGGCUGAAGCCCUACAGCUGUGGACAGUGUGGUAAAACCUUCACUGUGCUGGGUAACCUCAAAAUACAUGAAGAGAUUCACCAGCAAGGGAGAUAGCAAUACUUCACCCUCACUGAGAGAAUUCGCUCAGUGUACUUUGACAGUUUAUGAUGCAUUGAAUGCAGCCACAGAAUGUCCAGCAUGUAUUUCAGGGGGCAAAGCAGGGAAGCAAGGUUGUUAUAUUUAUGAAUUUCUCUAAACGGUGUACUUUAUGGAAAUGCAGACUCCUCAUAUCGCCCAACCAUACCCCAAACACAUGCCGUUAUCUGUAGUUCGUCAUGUUUAUUUCAACCUUGGACUUCUGUUAUGUAACCGGCUUCUUGUGGCCGUUGUUGAGGACGGCCUCGGAUAGAUUCACAGCUGUGAAACCGGUUCUAUUAGAGAUGAAGGAAGCUGUGUUGUUGCGGUGCUGUUACUGACUUUAUGAAGCGGGUUGGGUAUCUGCCAUGAACGAUCCAAAUCAAAUGCACUUUACUGUCAAUAUAAAGUGUAGUGCCUCUGCUGCCAGUUGAAUUAAUUCAGUCACCGCAGGCUGCCAGUACAUGUUGUUUUCAUGGCUCAUGUUACAUAAUAAUGAUUCCAGCUAGUUCUACGCUGUUUCAGAGAAAGAGAGCACAUGUGUCGGAUCAGUACUCUGCAUUGACGGAUAUCCUCACCUCGGGUAUAGGAAUCUGUAUCAGGAGAGAAAAAGUUGGGUCGGUGCACCAGGUUUUGUUUUCCAGUUUCAUCUCACUGUUGUCGGAGUGCCUUGGACAUGUUCUGGUAAUCCUUUCCUUUGUUGGUACUUUUGUGACGUUCCUUUGUCUUCGUGAUGGCGGACCUUUCCAGAUACCGACCGUGUAUUUGACCUGAAAUGAAUUGUCACACGAGAUGUUUAUUCAACGUAUCAUGCGGCACAAUGCAAUCAUUUGGGUGCACCGGUGAUUAUGUAAAUGUGCCGUCGUUAAGGGAGUUUGGUUAUAUGUGCCAAUGCAAUAAAUUAUUGUUUUAAUAUUUACACUUAAUUUAAAUUUGUCUGUAGAGAUUUGAUGUCUCUUGACGUUAAAGUUUGUAAAUGUUCCCAAUUUAGUUUUAAAGGUUUGUCUUUCAAGUUUUCUCUGAAUCAUUUUCACAUACAUACAUACAUACAUACAUACAUACAUAUAUGUAACAUGUACUAUAAAUGGAUCUAUUUAUCAGCUAUUGUUUUUUUUUAAAUGUAUUUGUCUUUGUUUGGAAUAUGAACUUUCUAUAUUAUGAAUAUGGUUGAAUUAAUUAAUAUUUUGUUGGGAGAAAAGGGGACUUAAAAUGCUUUUAAAAAAUAAAGUAAGUUAAUGGUUGUCUAAUCUCAUUGUGUCUUCUUUUAGACAUGGGGUCUGAAACACAAUACUGCUUGUUAAGGGAGGCAAAAAAGUAAAAAUUCCUGAGGUAAACAAGAUAAACUCUAUUUUGAUGCUUUUUUAAAUGCAUAC